AUGACAGUACCAAGCGCUAUGACGCCAAGUCAAGAGCUAGACAGGCAGCUUGGGUCAGCAGCCACAAUAUCAGCCGCAGGGAGCACCUCGGUAGCGGCCUUGCAAGCGCUCGAACAGUACAAGAAGCGCGAUUCAUCCAAGGUCGUCGUGCGAUUUAAAGCGAUAGGCAAUGCACCCAUCAUGAAGAACAACCACUUUCGCAUCACAGCAUUUAAUCGCUUUCAGGCUGUCACGGUCUUCUUGCGUAAAGAGCUCAACUUCAAGCCUUCCGACUCCCUCUUCCUGUACAUCAACGCUUCCUUCAGUCCAGCGCCGGACGACACCGUGGGCAAUCUGUACAGGUGCUUUGGUACCGAAGGUCACCUGAUUGUCAACUACAGCACAACAGCAGCUUGGGGUUAG